AUGUCUAACAUUAAUAAAAUUGACAACAAUGGUAAUAAUAACAACAAUCCAACUAAAGAUGGACGCUUGUCCCUUGAAGCAAUCGAUGUUCCAUUUCCUUUAACAGGUCAAUUGGCCACAAUAAUCGCAAGCUAUAAAGAAAGAACUAUCUCCGGAAAACCACCAAAUGGCUUUAUUCUCUAUCGAAAAGCAUUAGUGCGAGAAUUAAAUGCUCACGGUUAUUAUCUACCUGCAAAAGACAUUUCUCCAUUAGCAUCGGAAAAGUGGAAAAAUAAACCUGAAAUCGUGAAAGAAGAAUACCGUCAAAUUUCAUCCAAUAUCGGAAAGAUUUUCCAAAAAGCUGAACCGCCGGUGAUUCUUACGCCGGAGAAUUUUUGCACUCAAUCAACGAUUAAAAUGGGUAGAAAAAAUGUUCGUGGCGAAGCUGCAACGAGAACUUUCAAAAUGACGAAUAAAUUAGUUUCAAAAAUUGAUACAGAUAUUGUCGCAGAACAUUUUGAUGGCUCACAAAAAUCUGAUUCUGAGCCAGCCACACCUUUGAGCAAAGAUGAAGAUGAAAAUGAAAAUACUGAAAUUAAAAAAUUCUUUGAACAUUUAUAUUCCACUGAAAAUUCUAUGAACAACUCAAACAACAUAUUUUUUGAACACGCGCCUGAAUACAAUUUACCUUCAGUGAAACAAGAAAUAAAUUGCGCAGAUAAUUUUGAUUACAUAAGAAACUGUGGUAUUGCUCUUGAAGUUGGAUCACCCUUUUUAGAACCUGUAGCAAAUUGCUUUCUAGAAUCGUACAACAGCUAUUCACAACCAAUAAUGAUAAAUGAAUCUCCUGCAGAUCUUUUGCUUUCGUUAAUGGAUCGUGAAUCUGAAGUGUACUUCGAAAAAUCUAAUUGGAUCGGGCUCUUUCCUGAAAGAGAAACAGAAUGCUUUAACAACUAUAUUAAUGCUGACAGUUUCGUUCCGAAUCUUUCACUCCCUCUCGUAUGA